AUGUCUUCUCCCAGUAUUUAUGACCUCGGCAACGCGCCCAUCACUGCUCAUGCCUUUAACAAAGACCAAUUGGUGGUCUGUCCCAACACCGAUGAUGUUCAAAUCUAUCAAUAUGGUCACUCUAACUCCAAGUUGGACUCGACUUUAAAGGGCCAUGACAAGGUCAUCACCAGUAUUGAUUUUGCACCCAACACCAACCGUAUCGUGACCUGUUCUCAGGACAGAAACGCCUAUGUCUGGACCAACGAAGGUGGUAUUUGGAAACCAGGGCUUGUGUUGUUGCGUAUCAACCGUGCUGCCACCUUUGUCCGCUGGUCUCCCAACGAAGAAAAAUUUGCUGUCGCCAGUGGUGCUCGCUGUAUUGCCGUCUGUUACUUCGAAGAAGACAAUGAUUGGUGGGCCAGUAAGCAUUUGAAGAAGCCCAUUCGUAGUACUGUCCUUUCCUUGGACUGGCAUCCCAACAGUGUCUUGUUGGCUGCUGGUUCUGCUGAUAUGAAGGCUCGCGUCUUUUCAUCGUUCAUCAAGGGCCUUGAUAAAAAACCUACACCUACUAACUGGGGAGACAAAUUACCUUUCAACACGGUCUGCGGUGAAUUCAGCAGUGGACUUGGUGGGUGGGUGCAUGCUGUUGCCUUUUCUCCUUCAGGUGAUGCUCUUGCUUUUGCAGGCCAUGAUUCUUCCAUCCAGGUGGUCUAUCCACAAGCAGAUGGCAACCAUAUCACUGUUCCCAUCGCCAGUAACACCCUUCCUUUCCGCUCACUUAUCUGGACCACAGAACAACAGAUUGUGGCUGCUGGUUAUGACUGUGCUCCCAUUUUGUAUGAAACCAAAGAUGGUCAAGACUGGCAUUACUCUGGCUCGCUUGAUGUAGGACGUCAAAAAAUUACCCGUACUGCUUCUGUCUUGUCCCGUUUCAAGACCAUGGAUUCCCGCGGUGAAACUGAGAAUGAUACCACAUUGAACACAGUCCAUCAGAACACCAUCAAUGAAAUUCGUGUGUAUGAAGGUGACCGUGAUCAUGUGACCAAGUUUUCUACUUGUGGUGUAGAUGGCAAGGUGGUUGUUUGGGACUUUGAUCCUAGUCAACUUGUAGCUGAUCUUUCUAGCCUUAAGAUAUAG